AUGGGUGUUAAAGGCCUCAUCAAGUUCCUGGCGUCGCGGUUUCCCGCUGCUAUAGAGUCAACGCCGUCACUUGAGCGUUUCGGCGGUUGUCGAGUCUUUGUGGACUGCGCCAUCCUGUUACAAAGGACGCUACACGCCGCGGCCACAGGAAUCCUCGCGCGAAGGCGGCGGGAUUACCGCAACGCUUCUGCCUCCGAGCGCCAGUUCAUUGACGCCCGAGCAAUAUGUAGCGAGAUAUGCAACCAUGCCGCCAAGCCCCUGCUGAGGCUGAACCAGCAGCUGCGUGCUGUGCGGUCGAAUCGCGGAAUCGAUGCCACGUUUGUCCUGGGCUCAUCACUGACUGUCCGUGACCUUCAAAUAGCCAGCCGCAAAGCAUCGCCUGGAAGCGGCGUAAACGUGCUGGACCUGCGCAACCCACACCUGCUACCUGCUUUGCGAGCAUUUUUUGAGGGCUCAUCGGAUUGCCGGCUGUAUGCCGCCCCUAGUGAGAAGGACAUGCUGGCCAUCGCAGACCGGCUGGCGGACGCAUUCGCCCGGGUAGAGAUUCGGCAGCCCGAUAUUGCUCGGAGGUGCGUCGAGUUCUGUUCCAGCGACGACGAUUAUGUGCUGUCCGAUGACACUAACGCUAUCGCUUUCGGAGCGCCCAACGUAAUCCGUGAUUAUUGCGGCCGUAACGUAUGCAACACCAUAAACCAGGCCACAAUGCUGCAGCUGAUGGGUUUCAGUUGGGAGCAGUUCGUGGACUUUUGCCUGCUAUGCGGCACAGACGACGCCCCUCUCAUACCACACAUAGGGCCGGAACGCGCACAUCACAUUAUUACAACAUUCGGGUCCUUCGAAGCGUUCAUGAGGUCGCCCGCCCUUGACAGUGUACUACAAAGCCCCCGCGUGCUCAAGGGCCUCGAGAAGCGUGAAAUGAGCGUCGAAGAGUUUAAGGUCAAGUUGGAAGAUGCCUUAGCAUGCCGCGAUGAACUGUUUGUCAAACGGGCCAGAACUUAA